AAGCAGGAGGAUCACUUAAGCCCAGGAGUUCGAGGCUGCAGUGAGCUGUGAUGGUGCCACUGAACUCCAGCCUGACCCACAGAGCAAGACCUUGUCUCAAAAUUAAAAAAGAAAAAAGUAGAAUAUUGCAGAAAUCCAGAAAAAUAGCCAGAGGGAUUUUUGUUGUUGUUUUUCCUUACCAUAGGGCAUACUGAGCUAUCUCCCUGUAGAAAAGUCUCAGUGGCGUCCCUCAUUGCACUUGGCGUGAAGCCCACGCUCCUUCCCAAGGCCCUCAGGCCCCCCUACCUGUCCCCAGCCACCCUCCCUUUGCUGGCUUUCUCCAGCCACAACAGCUGCUUUCCCCUCUGCCCCCGCACAGUGCCCCACCUCCAGUGUCCCAAGAAAUCACCCUCAUUGAGCCCCCACCCCCACUACUCUGCCUCUUCUGAUUUCAGAGCAGACUCCCUGCAUUCCACAAAGGAGCCUCCCGCCCUUGUGUUACAGGAAAGGGGUCCUGAUCCAGACCCCAAGAGAGGGUUCUUAGAUCUCGCACAAGAAAGAAUUCAGGGCGAGUCCAUAGAGUAAAGUGAAAGCAAGUUUAUUAAGAAAGUAAAAGAAUAAAAGAAUGGCUGCUCCAUAGGCCGAGCAUCCCUGAGGGCUGCUGCUUGCCCUUUUAUUUUUUAAUUAAUUUGUUUGUUUGUUUGUUUAUCUUUGAGAUGGAGUUUCGCUCUUGUCCCCCAGGCUGGAGUGCAAUGGCACGAUAUCGGCUCACUGCAACCGCCACCUCCCAGACAUUUCUGAGGCCCUCAAAGGUGCCAGGUGCGGGGGCCUCCGGUGUUUUCUGCACCCGAUGCUUUCCUGCCCCUGUGGUGGUCAUGUUCACAGACCUCUUCUCCCCGCCUUGUCGUACCACAGGUGAUUCUCCUAGGUCACUGGCUGCUGACAACCUGUUUCUGGGUGGCUUGCUGGCCACCAUCUUCCUGGACAUCGUGCACAUCAGCAUCUUCUACCCGCGGACCAGCCUCACGGACACGGGCCGCUUUGGCGUGGGCAUGGCCAUCCUCAGCUUGCUGCUCAAGCCGCUCUCCUGCUGCUUCGUCUACCACAUGUACCGGGAGCGCGGGGGUUUCCUUGGACCUUCUCAGGACCGUAGUGCCUACCAGACGAUUGACUCAGCAGAGGCGCCCACAGAUCCCUUUGCAGUCCCAGAGGGCAGGGGUUCAGAUGCCCGAGGAUACUGAAGCCAGCCACACUGUGCCCGGCCCCGCCCUGGGCCUUCCUUGUGCCUGGGAGGUCGUUCUAGGGAUGCUCGUGACCUCCAUCUCUUGGACCUAACAUGGAAUGUAUCUCCAGCUCAGGGGUUACCUGAACCAAGUACCCUGAGAGGCCAGGAGCCCCCAUGGGCCGCCCAGUGCCUUGGACACUCCUGUCCCAAACUCCCUGAGGCCUCCCCUCCCUUCAGGGCACCCACUGGUUCCCAGGCUGGAACCAUGGUCUCUCUUCACCUCCUACCACACCACAGAGGCCCCCAGCUGAGUCCCGCCUGAGUGUGGCAGGCUCAGGCCUUUAAGGACCACUGAUGCCCCCUGAGGCCUCCCCCGACUUUGUCAGGCUUCGGUGGAAGCCCUGAGAGCUUCAGGUCCUGCUCAGCUCCAGGAGCGGUCUGGCAUGGGAGUGAGGCCCCAUGCUUCUUACUGCCUGGUCACGUGGUGGCUGGGGAUGCAGGGCUGGAGGUCAGAGGCGUCAGCAACACUGUGACCCACCACAGCCUCCAGCCUCCCUUUUCAGAGCCACAGCAUUAAAGUUUGGGGAAUUCUAUAGA